AAUAUCAAUGUAAUUUGUGAUUUGCGGUUCAGUAAAUACAUACUACACAAAAAAGAAAAAAGAAACACUGUAAAAUAACUAAAAAGAACAUCAAUGCCAAUCUAAAAUUUUACUUCCGAUUAUAGGUUUCCAUAUAUGAUGAGAAACCUUUGAAAGUGGCAAUAAUAACUGACGCACAUAUUGAUCCUUUAUAUGAACCAUACGGAGUAGCAGAUUGCAAUGAGCCCACCUGUUGUAGAAAAGGGCAAACUCCAGCUAUAAAACGACCUACUCAUCAGUCCAAAAGCAGUGAUAUUUUACUGGAAGAAAGCUUAGUUAAUUUUGAUGGUGCACAAAUGCUGAAUCUAAGUUUAGGACAAAAAAUGCGUAAUUUAUAUAAAAACGCAGCUAUAGGUUUUCAAUCGCGUAAUCUUGAGCCAGCCGGUUAUUGGGGAGACUACAGAAAUUGCGACUCUCCAAUUUGGGCAUUUGAUGAUGCCGUAGAAAAUAUAAAACAAAAUCAUGAAGACAUCGACAUUUUGUAUUACAUUGGAGAUACAAUUGAUCACGGAGUUUGGGAGACAUCUUACGAGCUUAUUAAUGAAAUGAACCAAUACCUGAUUGAAAAAAUCAGAAACACUUUCGGAAAUAAUGUUAUGGUUGUGCCAGUUAUUGCGAAUCAUGAAUCUCAACCAACGAACCAGUUUGCUCCAUCAUCGAUAGCAGCUCCUAAAUUAAAUACAACGUGGCUAUACAACUCUUUAGCUGAUAAGUGGAGUCCUUAUUUAACGCAGCCAGCAAAGACAUCUUUAAGAAAAAGUGGCGACUUCUCGCUGUUGGUGAAGCCCGGGUUGCGAGUCAUAUCACUUAAUAAUAACGUCGCAUACAAGUAUAACUGGUGGUUACUGUACGACCCUCUUGAUGCGAAAAAUCAUUUAGACUGGCUUGUGCAGGAAUUAUAUAAUGCUGAAUUAAAAGGUGAAAAGGUUCACAUUUUGGCCCACAUCCCACCAGGAACUCAAGAUCUAACAUAUACGUGGACUAGAGAAUACAACAAAAUUGUUAAUAGAUUCUCUUCAACGAUUGCAGCUGAAUUCAACGGGCACACGCAUACCGAUGAGUUCAAGAUCUUCUAUAGUCCAGAAGGUACUCCUAUCAACGUAGCCUGGGGAGGUGGCGGCAUCGUUACUUAUAGCUUCUAUAAUCUUAAUUACAAAAUUGUUAACCUUCAUCCUCAGACUUACGAGCCGGUUAGAAUCCAGAAUUAUAUUUACAAUCUCACCGAAGCAAACCUAACCCCCGACAAGAGACCACAUUGGUUCUUACUAUACGACAUGACCAGUAUGUUCGAAAUAAGUGAUUUGUCACCAAAAACUAUGAAUGACUUGGUGUAUUCAAUGGUAACAGAUCGACGUCAAAUGCUUGAUAUAUACGCAGCCUUCAAUUCGAAACUGAGCGAUAUACUUUGGCCUGUAUGUGAUAAUACAUGUAAACUCAAUAUAUUAUGCAGUACUGUUGUAACAGUACUCUGGGACCGCCGAAAAUGUAAUGAACUUGUGAAACUAUUUUAUUUGUAAACGAAAAAUUUUCAAGGCAAUCAUUUGUAUAAAAUAAAUAAAUAUCUAAAGUUGAAAGUGUAUUUUGUUAUUUAUUUGCAAUGACUUCCUAAAUAUGUAUAAGGACAUCGCAUAUCAGUCCCUUAUCGAUGAAACCAAUGGAACGA